GUAGAAAAAUAGAAUACAACUUUUUUCAUUAAAAAAAAAGAAAGCAAAACUUUGAAGUAUUAAUUAACGUUUGAUUUUCAUGCACACAACAUCUUUUGCUUUUUCUUCCUUUAAAACCCAUAUAAUUAUUAUUCAGUCAUAUCUCUCUCAUGUCAAAAGCUUCUCUCUUUUUCUUCUCUUUCUUUCUGUUUUUUUCUCCUCAAAGUUUCAGAAUUAAAGCUGAAAAAUAAUCCCAAAGUUGCAAUAGUACAUGUACCACUACUAAAUCAUGCUUUUUCUUCUUCAAGUAAAUUAAAACAUCAAAGACAAAUUCAGUACACUUUCACUUUGGAUUCUUUUUCCUUUUCAAUUUCAUUUUUUUUUUUAUUAUUUUUCAUCUUAAAAGUGCUUAAAAUAAGCACUUAUGCUACUUAGAAACAGAUCAAGAGUAGUGACCAGACAAAGUUUGAUGGGUGAACAAUCACCAAAUCAAAACUUGAUCACUACAACUAUUCCAUCUCUAUUUGGUUCACCAAACUAUAGAGAUUUUCAUUUCACUUCUAAAAAAUCUCUCUAUGGAACUGAAGCUUUGAUAAGUCCAACAUCAAUUCUUGACUCAAAAGCUUUAAGUCAUUUUGAGAAUCCUUUCUCAAUUAACAAUAGGAACAAAGUUUGUAGUAGCUCAAGAGACAAAGUAGAUUCAAGAAUCAUUGGACUUGGUCUUGUUGGUGUUCUAAAAGAUGAAACUUUUCAUCAAAAUUCUGAAAAACUAAGUAAUAGAAAAGUUCUGUUUGGAACUGAACUUAGAGUGAACAUUCCUCCCUUGCCCACUUCCACGUUUGAGUCAAAAACUGAUUUUUUUGGUGGCAAAAUCAAUGAUUCACAAAAUGGUGUUCUUAGUUUGAGUGAAAUGGAACUUUCUGAAGAAUACACAUGUGUGAAAUCACAUGGUCCAAAUCCAAAAACAACUCAUAUAUUUGAUAAUUGUGUUGUGGAAAGUUACUGUUCUGUCCCUAAUAGUCCUCACUAUUUUUCACUGAAUUUUCUUAGUUUUUGUCACACUUGCAAAAAUCAUCUUGAGCAUACAAAAGACAUCUUCAUUUACAGAGGUGAAAAAGCUUUUUGCAGCCAAGAAUGUCGACACAAAGAGAUGGUGUUAGAUGGAGCAGAAAAUUAAGAAUUUGAUGAUCACAAUUUACUUUUAAGUAUUUACCUUUUUUAAGUUCUAUUUGUGUGGUUUUUCCUCCUUCUACCUUGCAAAUAGAGAUAAAAGAGGAUGUAUAAUGUAUUGUAGAGUUCAUCUCAAGAAAUGAGUAGUAUUGAAUUGGUUCUUAUGAAGAUGAUGAUAUGAUUGAAAA